AUGAGCAGUAUUAUGAAUAUGAAAUUGUAUAGACAGCAGCAGAGAGGUUUCUUUCUCUAUAUUUUCUUGUUUUCUGUGGUCAUUUUCUUGGCUGAGUGUUCACAUGGUCACGGGGAAUCAGUUGGAACAAAACUGGAGUUGAUUCACAGGCACCAUUUGCAGCCUAUGACUCAACUUGAGCGUCUCAAACAGUUACUUCAUAGUGAUACAAUUCGCCAACGUUCGAUUUCUGAGAAGUUAUGGUUGCAAAAGAACAGAAAAAUUACUGGCAGAAGGCAACUUCGGGAGAGUCCUAAUGCCACGUAUUAUCAUUCAGCCUGCACCAACAGCAGUAGAAGGGCUAAAAAUGGCUAUGUUUCUGGGGAAAUGACAAUGUACUCAGGGGCUGAUUUUGGGACAGGGCAAUACUUUGUGUCCUUUAAGGUUGGAUCCCCUGCACAAAGAUUCGUGCUGAUUGCUGAUACUGGGAGUGACUUGACUUGGAUGAACUGUCAGUAUAGGUGCCAUGGGGCUAAGUGUAGGAAGAAAUCUCGAAAACGGAGAGUUUUUCGGGCCGAUCGUUCGUCGUCUUUCGAUACUGUGCCUUGUUCAUCAAGAAUGUGCAAGAUUGAGUUUUCGAGUCUCUUCUCUCUUACCAGAUGCCCUUCUCCCCAUACUCCUUGCGCCUAUGAUUACAGGUACUCAGAUGGAUCAGCUGCACUCGGAAUCUUUGCUAGUGAAACUGUAACAUUUGGCCUGAAAAAUGGCAUGAAGAAGAGAAUUCACAACGUCCUAGUCGGAUGCAGUGAGUCUACGAUUGGCCGAAGUUUCCAGGGGGCCGAUGGUGUUAUGGGGCUAGGCUAUAGCAACUAUUCCUUUGCACUCAAAGCUGCUGAGAAGUUUGGUGGCAAGUUCUCGUACUGUUUAGUCGAUCAUUUAAGCCCCCAAAAUCUGUCCAGCUAUCUCAUUUUCGGAUCCUACAAAAGCGUAGAUUUUAUUACAACACCCGACAGAAUGCAACACACUGAACUUGUCCUAGGAGUCAUCAGUUCGUUCUAUGCUGUAAAUAUAAAGGGCAUUUCUAUUGGAAGUAUGAUGCUCGAAAUCCCGGCUGAAGUGUGGAAUGUGAAUGGUGUAGGAGGGACAAUUCUCGACUCUGGUUCCAGUCUAACUUUCUUGACACAACCUGCUUAUCAGCCAGUAAUGGCUGCCCUGAAACUGUCCCUUAGGAGUUUUACAAGACUAAAUCUCGAUAUUCCACAGCUCGAAUUCUGCUUUAACUCGACCGGGUUUGACGAGUCUUUGGUGCCAAGAUUGGUGUUUCAUUUUGCAGAUGGAGCAAGAUUUGAACCACCAGUAAAGAGUUAUGUAAUUGAUGUGGCUCCUGGAGCUAAGUGCCUGGGGUUUGUGCCUACAACUUGGCCUGGUACAUCUGUAAUUGGCAAUAUUAUGCAACAAAAUCACAUAUGGGAAUUCGACCUUUCAAAUAAUAGAUUGAGUUUUGGUAGCUCCUCCUGCACUUAG